CUCGGACUCAGCCUUCCACGCAUCGUCAUUCUGAGCUGAACAGCCCGGGGCCAAUGAUGAUGCGCGUGAUGCCGACGCUGGUCAUCGCCGUGUUGCCUUUUGCUGUUCCCACAUGCAGGGUCUGGCUCAGCUUCUCCCCCACCAUGCAGCGCGCCCCUCGUUGCCUGUUGCUUCGCGUGUAAUCCCGAACCCAUCCUUUGAUCUCCCUUCUUGCGCGAUCGACGCGCAGCUCACCCAAGUCUGAGACCGACCAUUCUGGACAGACGACAGCGCGUGUGAAACAUCAUAUUUAAGCCCGACCUUUGUCUCCUUCAGUCCUUUUCCACCAAAACUCCUCAACCCCUGCUCCUCUUCGUCCCCUUCCUCCUGCACCUCCUUCUGGCAAAUCUAUCCCACAGAAUGGCCAGUAACGAAUACUACGGCGGCCAACAACCCGGAGGCGGUUAUAACCAAGGCGGUUACGGCCAGCCUCAGUACGGCCAGCAGUCCCAGAGCGCCUGGGACCAGUACGGCGGCGCGCCUCCUCCUCAAGGCCACAGUCCAUAUCCGCCCCCAAACCAAGGAUACGGUGGUUCUCCUCCUCCUCCUCAGCAGCACGAUCCGUAUAGCCACGGCUACAAUCAAGGCUACAAUCAGGGACCACCUCCGGCACAGAACUAUGGACCUCCACCAGGCCCUUACGAGCAGCAGCAUGUCCCUCCUCCGUUCGGAGCCGAGCACAACCGCGAAGGAGGACACUCGCCCUACCCACCUCAGCACCAACAAGGCCCGUACGGUGCUCCCCCACCGAACCAGCACUAUGGCGAUCCCAACGCAGCUCCGCCACCAGGCGCUGCAGGACCUGAGGGUGCCGCAGAGGGUGAGCGAGGCCUUGGAAAAACCCUACUCGGCGGCGCCGCGGGAGGUCUGCUUGGACACCAGGUCGGUCACGGUGGCCUUGGAGCCAUCGGCGGUGCCAUUGUCGCGAACAUGAUCGGUGGCGACAAGAAGAAGAAGAAGCACCACGAAGAGGACUAUUACUCCCAUCAUGGCGGCUCGUCCCAUCACGGCGGCUCCUCUCAUCACGGCGGCUCCUCGCACCACAGUGGCAGCAGCUAUGCGGGAUACGCCGGGUCCGCAGCUGCUCUGGGCGGCUUGUACGAGCACGGAAAGCACAAGAAGCACCACAAGAAGCACAGAAGCCGGGGCGGCAGCUCAUCGAGCAGCAGCGACUCGGACUGAGCUACGGCGGUGUCAAGCAAGUCAGCACGAGUUCUUUCUUUUUUUUUUCAUUUAUUUUCUUGGUUCUCUUACACUCCCGUCGUGAUGAGCACGACAAAGAUGAUUGUGACAAAGGGCGGUCUUUCUCGAAACAGAUUGGAAAUUCUUUAUAUCAUAACGCUGCGAGACGAAUGAUCCGCAGCGGUUCUCUAUCGACGAAUCGUGACACAGCUCGUUCACGAGCCGUGCUUUCACGGUGAUGUAUUUUUGACCUUCUACAUGUUUUGCCACCAUCA